GGGAGAGCAGGAGAAGAUCGGUGAUCGAAUCAGAUAAUCAAAGCACCAGCAGUGCGCUUGAUUGGUGGGGUAAUCAGGGCAGCUGAUCGUGUGUCUUGUCUCGCUCAUCAUUCGUCCAAUCAAUCAAGAUGGACCGAGCUGACGUGGAACGCCGGCGGUACACGCGUUUGGAAGUUACUGACGUGGAUGCUGACGUGGACGCUGAAGAGUCCUCCAGCGCCGUUCUGACGUCAGAAAAAGAUGCCUUGUUACCUAAGGGCUUGGCGGCGACGAACUCCAGCUCCUCCUUAUACUAUACUCCGUCAUCAUCAUUAUCAUCAUCAUUAUCAUCAUCAUCGUCAUCACCAUUGGCGGGCAUAUUGACCGAGGAGCCAUCGCCAGGGAUCUCGUCUGGUGGGGGGGCGGGGGGGCGGGGCGGGGACUACGCCGGGAGGUCACUUGGUGCUUCCUUGUAUCCCGAUCCCGACGAGGCGAAGGGGGGGGGGAGGGCGACGGCGGGAGCGCCUGAGAGAGGAGCUGGCGCUGGAAACGGCGUGAGCUAUGGUGGAAAAAAGCGCUCGAGCGACUCCGACAGUAGUAGCGGGGGGGAUCGAGCAAGCGAUGGCAGGGGGGAGGUGGUCAUUGAAGUGGCGGCUAUGGAGGAAACUGGAGAUGGGAGAGGAGGUAGUGUGGGGAGAGAGGGGGAUGGAGGAGUGGUUGGGACUGGCAGUGCGUUGAAAGAGAAAGUGUUGGACGUUCCCGCUAAAACAGUUCUCGGCGAUGGCGAAAGCACUGCCGCCGAGUGCAGGAUCUGCCAGGAAGAAGAUGACGUCAAAAAUCUUGAAACUCCUUGCGCCUGCUCUGGAAGUGUGAAGUAUGCGCACCGGAAAUGCAUUCAGCGGUGGUGUAACGAGAAAGGCGACACCAUAUGCGAGCUGUGCCAUCAGAGGAGCACGACAGGCAAUGAGUGGGCAAUCACGCUUGAACAUCGCGUGAACUUACAAGAUCCUCGAGUUAUUGCUUUGGCUGCCGCAGAGCGUUUUGCGCUAGAGGACGAGUAUGCUGUUGCUAAUGCUACCGGAGCAGCAUGGUGCCGAUCGGCAGCGUUGAUUCUAAUGAGCCUCUUGCUGCUGCGCCAUGCACUUGCAUUAGUCGCGCACACCGAACCGAAUGGAUCGACGGUUGUGGGGGUCCAGAUGCUUAUGAUCCGAGUGAUAGGAUUCCUCUUACCUUGUUAUAUAAUGGCACAAGCGUUCAGUAUCCUGCACAAGAGGCGGCAGCAGCAGGAGGCAGCAAUUGCUGCGGCAGAGGCUGCAGCGGAGAUGGCAUUGAUAUUGCAGUCUGAGCAAGGCAGGAGCAUGAGAAUCACAAUUGCUCCUCCUCCUCCAGCGGAGCCAGCACCGCAGCGGCCAGAGCCUUGAUCUCCGCUUUCUUAUGUAAGGGACGCCAGAGGGAGAGAAACGAGAAGAAGAGGACUCACUGCAGGUGGACACAGAGGCAGAGCGGCAGGAGUCGGGUUGUAUAUGGCCUCGUGCAUGCAAUUGCAUGCCCAUGCUGUGAUUUUUCUUGGCGGAACAUGGGAGGACACCAAUCCUUCGUUUUGGUACUCAGUGGCGGCUACUACUUCCUGGUUCUUCUCUUCUAAACUUUCUCUAAAAAAUGUUGCGGCUGCAAAGUGAAUCAUGGAAAGUGUUAGUGAUCCUGCAGAUUGCCUAACUGCGAGUCAAGAGAAUGAUCGGCAUCAAUUCCCUGUACACUUCUGUGCCUUAUCCAUUGGCCUAUGUUAAGCUGACGUGGCAAACGGGCAGAUAUAAUAAUAUACAAAUACAUGUGGAAGGCGGCGAUACUUGCGGAAGGCUCACCACUGGUCUUGUACAGCUUUUGGGUAUCUCAUUCCAUCCUCUAUUAAACUGUUCCAUCUUCUCCAGAUUUUUUCCAAGCCUUUUGCAAAUCCUUCCCGUAUCUUUUCUUAAACGUUUUUUUUGCCCUGCCGUUCCCCGAAUCUUUCCCGAAUCUUUCUCGAACGAAUCUGGCAGUAACAAUUUAUUGGCUUUUAAGUUUUUACCACGGUCAAAUAUUCCCCCUCGUCUCCUUCUGUACUGCAAUAUCUUUGCCUGGCAAAUGAUUCACACCCACGUACAUGCAGCCUGUUGAAUGAUGUGUGUGCACGAUGGCGCACGAGUGUUGUUUCCACCACGCUGGCCGUCUCGUCUUUAGUGUGGCCGACUUUCUCGACUUGACAAGGUCACGGGGGCUUUUACCAACCAGGGCUCGUCAGUUGGUGGCGGGUGCAGAGGAAGUGACGGGCUGCUGAAUGGCGGACGAUGUGCAUGGCGCAAAAGCCGCACCCGACGUGUGGACCACAAUGGUAGUCUUCUCUUUACGUGAGGUGGGCUAAGCUGGAUUUGAGUCGUUAUGGGUAACCAGACAGUCGUAGUUUCGCUCAGUACCAGUUUGAUAUUGGCGAGUGAAAGCGGCUGGUUGGCCGUUGGCUGGAGAGGGAGCGAGCGACUGAGCUCCCAACAAUGCAGCGGAGGAUGACACCCCCCCUCGUUGUUGUCUGCUUUUUUUUUUACCUUAUCCAGGUUCCGAAAAUUGGGGCUGUUGUACAAUUUGGACUUAGAUAGGAAAAUGCCAGCUGUGACUGCUCGUUUAGGUAGCCGCAAUAGACGCCAGCGACUGUAGUAGCCGCAAUUGCCGAUUGUC